CCUCCUCCAAUCCCGAAAGGCAAAGCAGAGUCUACCCUUCCGAUUUUGACUCUUUAAUUCCGAAAUUCCCACUCAAAACUCCCCGCACCAACGAGACCAUGCCACCGGGCCAUGGUCCUCUCCACCUUCUCCUCGCCGCCCUCUUCCUGGCUGCAGCCGUACAAUUUCCGGCGAAUUCCGCCUCCGUCGAGCUCCCCAAGUUCCGAGAAGCACCUGCAUUCCGCAACGGACGAGGAUGCCCCCGAACCGUAUGGUCCUCGUUGGACCAGAACUCCCACUACGAUCCCUCCAUCAUCCACAUCGCCAUGACAUUGGACACCACCUACCUCCGCGGCUCCGUUGCCGGCGUCUUCUCCGUCCUCCGUCACGCUACCUGCCCCGAAAACAUAGUCUUCCACUUCAUCGCCGCCUCGCACCGCAGUCGCCGCUCCUCCGACCUCCACCACGUCAUCACCUCCACUUUCCCUUACCUCACAUUCCACCUCUACCAGUUCGACUCCAACCUCGUCCGGGGCAAGAUCUCAUACUCCGUCCGCCGCGCCCUUGAUCAGCCCCUGAACUACGCGCGCAUCUACCUCGCAGAUCUCCUCCCAUCGGGCGUCCGCCGCAUCAUCUACUUCGACUCCGACCUCAUCGUCGUCGACGACGUGGCGAGGCUGUGGAGGAUCGACCUCGGGCGGCGCGUGCUGGGGGCGCCGGAGUACUGCCACGCCAAUUUCACCAACUAUUUCACCCCGAAAUUCUGGUCGAACGCGGGGUUCGCGGCGGAGUUCAAGGGGCGGAGCGCGUGCUACUUCAACACCGGGGUGAUGGUGAUCGAUCUGUGGAAGUGGAGGGAGGGCAAGUACACGCAGAAGCUGGAGCACUGGAUGCGGGUGCAGAAACGGUGUCGUAUCUACGAGCUGGGUUCGCUGCCGCCGUUUCUGCUGGUGUUCGCGGGUGACGUGGAGGGGGUGGAGCACAGGUGGAACCAGCACGGCCUUGGCGGUGACAACGUGGAGGGGCUGUGUAGGGACCUCCAUUCGGGCCCAGUCAGCCUGCUGCACUGGAGCGGGAAAGGGAAGCCGUGGCUGAGGCUGGACUCGAAGCAGCCGUGUCCGUUGGAUAGCUUGUGGGCCCCGUAUGAUCUGUAUCGUGACCAUCGUCACUCGUCACUGUUCUCUGAUAUCUGAGGGUGCAUCGCGAUUCACGGAGGCGCCCUGUACUGGAUACGUAUCACUGCUGUCAUCUGGUCGGGAAGGGAUGGAGGAUCAACUGCGAGAGUUUUCCUUUUGUCUGGGUCCGUUAAGGCAUCAUAUUUUACGGCGGUUAAAACGGAGAUUUACCCGAAAUGGUGGUUCCAAGACACGUGGUGAAAGGCCAAGGAAAAAGGGAGUCUGUGCAUGGUAAAAUGUCAAAUAUCUGGAAGGUCUGUAUUCGUACGUACGUAGCGCGUAUAUAGAUCUCGUUUAAAAGUGAUUUUUAACCAUUUUGAAUGUAUCAGUUAUUUAAAAGUAUUUUCAGUAAGUGAAAAUUAGGAAAUUAAGGAAUUGGAUAUUUUUUGGUUUGUAGUGAAAAGUGUAGUAAGAUAGUGGAAGUGUAUCAAAUAUGAUUGCUACUCUUCACCUUUGGGACUAAAAUCAUUGAAAAGAAAAGUAUCUUGCCAUCCCA